CUUCGGACUCGGAUUUAGCUCAGUAAGGUGCCCGAAGCUAGCCCGAGUUGAGGAUAACGCGGAAAUCUUUGCGAACCUCCACGGAGCUAUUCGAACUUACAUUACAAUGCUCCCUUGGCGUGGAAUCUAUUUUCCAUGCAGUAUACCUUCUUUCUUGUAUAUAAAAGAUUACAUCUUCAACUAUUACUUGUGAAGCUACUGGUUUUACAAUGGCAUUCCCUCCUGGAAUCGCAUACUUAACUCGAACCUCUCUACCUCUCCUUUUCCUUGGUAUCUUUGCGUACUGGGCCUUAGGAAAUGUGCAACGCGUCGUGGACUCUAGUAUUGCUCUGUGGAUUAGACUUUCAGUUGCUGUGAUAACUCCACCCAUCGUUUACUUAUACCGGAGCUCCUUUGCUACCUUCAAGACCAGAAGGGACGCAGCCGCGAAGGGAGCUAUCAUGAUCCCAGUCGUUCAGGAGGACUGUUUCUCCGUUGUUCGAAACAUUCGGUACAACUUCAAGAAUGGAUACCCUGGGGAGAGUUUUCACAAUUGGAGCAAAGCAUAUGGGUACACAUUCGCUCUUGAUCUCUAUUCCGAACGUCAGGUCGUGACAAUGGAACCGGAACACGUCAAGGCUCUUCUGGCCACCCAAUUUCAGGAUUUUCAGAAAGGCCCAAUCACUAUCGCGGCUUUUCGAUCCCUCCUAGGAGCUGGAGUCUUUAACUCCGACGGUGACAUGUGGAAAUUUCAUCGAAACAUGUCUCGACCUCUCUUUAAUAAAGACAGAAUCGGUGAUUUCGAUAACUUUGAGAGACACGCUGUCAGCACUAUCGCUCAAAUCAAAACCAGACUAGAGGAAGGCUACCCGGUUGAUUUCCAGGAUGUCGCUGCUCGUUUCACUUUCGAUUCGGCAACGGAGUUUCUCUUUGGGAAGGACGUCGAGUCAAUCGCCGCAGGUCUACCUUACCCGGCCGGAUCCCCUUUGGCUAAUCAUCCAAAUUUUGUGAACCAUCCGUCUAGUCUCUUCGUCAAAGCCUUCUCACGCGGACUGGAACUUAUCGCCGGUCGUGUACAAGGUGGUGGUACUUGGCCUCUUCUUGAGCUCUGGAAGGACAGAGUUCAAACUCAUCGAGAGGCAGUUGAUCGCUUUAUCCAGCCAAUCUUGGCUGAGGCGCUGGACAGGAAAUCGAAGGGUAUCAAAGCUGACAAGGAUGAAGAAAACAUGUCAUUACUUGACCUCCUCGUGAGGAGGACCGUUGAUGCCAAAGUGAUCCAAGACGAACUUGUGAACAUUCUAGUUGCCGGGAGAGAUACCACUGCUUCUCUCUUGACUUUUGCUGUUUAUAUGAUGUGCGAACAUCCGAAAAUGGCGCAACGGUUGCGGGCAGAAAUUUUGGAAAAGCUCGGUACAAGGCAGCCUACAUAUGUAGAUAUCCGCGACAUGAGGUACCUCAGGGCAUUUCUGAAUGGUGUGUCAGCCGUUGCUUUGAGCGUAUCCGUGUCUGAUGUCCAUCAUAUUGAAGAAACCUUGAGGCUUUAUCCGGUGGUCCCCGUUAAUUCCAGGACGUCCAAGACUGCUACAACUCUCCCUAACAAAGGCCGUGCCCCUUACUUCAUUCCCGAAAGGACCAGGGUGGCAUAUUCUGUGUUUUUAAUGCACCGGAGGACGGACUUGUGGGGACCAGACGGUACUAAGUCUAGCUUCGCAAUUUCUCAUACUCAUGCGACCCACUUAGCUCUUGAGUUUGAUCCCGACCGGUUCCUUGAUAGCCGCCUGCAUAAGUAUCUGACUCCGAAUCCCUUUAUUUUUGUUCCUUUCAAUGCCGGCCCGAGGAUUUGCCUUGGUCAACAGUUUGCCUACAACGAAUCAUCGUAUUAUCUGAUUCGGCUCCUGCAGACGUUUUCGUCCUUUAGUCUUGCAAUGGAUGCUCAGCCUGCUGAAGGUAUCCCUCCCAAGAGCUGGACCAAGAUCCCUGGAACGACCAAAGGUCGCGAAAAGAUUAUGCUUGGGUUCCAUUUAACUUUGUAUGCCAAGGCAGGCUUGUGGGUUAGGAUGAAAGAAUCCAAUGAAAAUGUUUAAUGUGUCGGUGGUCGUAUACUUUGUUGUAUGUUCAAAGAAAUCAAAUGCUCGUGUAUUGCUGGUCUCGUCCUCAGGCAUCAAAAAGGUAGAUAACGUUGCUUGAUAUCGAUUCGAGAGACCCACAUUACUCCCCUUUUUUCUUAACAUC